AUGCUCCGAGGCCAGGUAAUCUCAUGGAGAGCUGCACUCCAUCGUGCGCCACACUAUGUAACUUCUAGGUCAAUUCCCUUUCCAGCGCGGCAUCACGCGAGCACACAGCUAUCAAUAAAUCGGACGCCGAUACUUCCGGCCUCGAUCAUUGCUGCUCGAACGUUCACUUCUACACGGGUUUCGCGAAAAGAGAAGGCACCGUCUCCGGACGAAACAGCGGACGAUGCAGAAAACAACGACCGCAACAAAGAGGGGAAGGAGAAGGAGAAGGAGAAGGAAGCAGCAAAGCAAGCAGAUGCUCGGCGGAAGCCUGGCGAGGUUACGGAUAAACAAGGCUCUACACAAGCUACAGAGACACCCGGUCGACGAAGAGACAAGACAAAUGCGGAGAAGGAGGACCAGGUAGAAGGCCCCAAAAAGGGGUCAAGUACCGAAACAACGCAUAAAGCCAGAGACAACAAGUCCGAUCCAAGUGUGCCAUCGGCAAUUCCAGUUUCUAGUGGAGGAUCAGACUCGAAGGCUAGUGGCGGCAAUGGAGAAGAUGGUGGAAGACGAGGCAAGAAAGGAGAAAGGUCUCUUCAAAAACCAUUUAUCCCGGACGUCUACCCGCAAGUCAUGGCUAUUCCAAUUGCUAGACGACCCCUGUUCCCUGGGUUCUAUAAGGCGAUUACCGUGAAGGAUCCAAAUGUUGCGGCAGCUAUACAGGAGAUGAUGAAACGAGGUCAACCUUAUGUCGGAGCUUUCCUAUUCAAGAAUGAUGAUGCAGACGGAGAUAUCAUCGAAAGUAUGGACGACGUUCAUGACGUCGGUGUUUUCGCGCAAAUCACCUCUACAUAUCCACUAAAGCCGGACGGCGAAAAUGGGUUGACAGCUGUUUUAUACCCUCAUCGGAGGAUCAAGAUAAAUGCAUUGUUACCACCAAAUGACCCCGCGCGGAACGGAUCUAUUGACCAGCCAAUAUCGAAAGAGGUGGCUGAGAAACGUGGAGACGUUGUUGCCAGCUUCGAGGAGGGCUCAACAGAGCAACCAAAGGAGACGUACCACUACGAGCCAACUUCUUUCCUGCGCAAGCACGCUGUGAGCCUUGCUAACGUCGAUAACCUUACGGAAGAGCCGUUCGAUAAGAAGAGCCCUGUCGUCCGAGCUGUAACCAGCGAGAUUGUUAAUGUAUGCAAGGAGAUUGUCCAAUUCAACCCGCUUUUCCGAGACCAGAUUUCUGCAUUUGCCACGGAUCAUUUUCCUGGUAAUCUAGGAGACGAGCCUGGAAAGCUAGCCGAUUUUGCUGCUGCGGUCUCCGCUGGCGAUUCUCAAGAAGUGCAGGAGGUUCUACAGGCGAUGAACAUAGAAGACAGACUUCCCAAAGCGCUAGUUGUUUUGAAGAAGGAACUCAUUAAUGCGCAGCUUCAAUCAAAGAUCUCAAAGGAUGUCGAAGCGAAGAUCCAGAAACGACAAAGGGAAUAUUGGUUGAUGGAACAGAUGAAAGGAAUCAAACGAGAACUGGGCAUUGAAUCUGACGGGAAGGAUAAGCUCGUGGAAAAAUUCAAAGAGAAGGCAGGGAAGCUUGCUAUGCCAGAAGCAGUGAAGAAGGUAUUCGACGAAGAAUUGAAUAAACUAGCACACCUGGAGCCCGCUGCAUCCGAGUUCAAUGUUACUCGGAAUUACCUCGAUUGGAUUACGCAGAUCCCAUGGGGCCAGAAGAGUGUGGAAAAUUUUGGUAUCAAAAAUGCCAUGUCCGUUCUGGACGAAGACCACUACGGGCUGAAGGAUGUCAAAGAUCGCAUUUUGGAGUUCAUCGCCGUUGGCAAACUCCGCGGAUCAGUUGAAGGCAAGAUUCUGUGUUUGGUAGGACCACCAGGUGUCGGCAAGACCAGUAUAGGAAAGUCUAUAGCCCGUGCUCUUAACAGACAGUACUACAGAUUUUCUGUCGGAGGCUUGACGGAUGUUGCAGAAAUCAAGGGACAUCGGCGGACAUACGUUGGCGCCCUUCCAGGGCGAAUUAUUCAAGCUUUGAAGAAAUGCCAGACGGAAAAUCCCCUAAUCCUUAUUGAUGAAGUUGAUAAGAUUGGACGCGGUCAUCAAGGUGACCCAUCUUCCGCUCUGCUUGAGUUGCUCGAUCCAGAACAGAAUUCAUCCUUCCUUGAUCACUACAUGGAUGUGCCGGUAGAUCUGUCGAAAGUGUUGUUUGUAUGCACUGCAAACGUGACGGACACUAUUCCACGGCCGCUGUUGGAUCGCAUGGAACUUAUCGAGUUGUCUGGCUACGUCGCUGAUGAGAAAAUGGCUAUCGCUGAUAGAUACCUUGCUCCUGCAGCCAAAGAGCUCAGUGGGUUGAAAGAGGUUGAUGUCCGUUUGGAGCAGGAUGCUAUCGAAGAGCUCAUUAAAUCCUAUUGUCGCGAGAGCGGAGUUCGGAAUCUAAAGAAGCAAAUCGAAAAGGUGUAUCGAAAGGCUGCUCUUAAGAUUGUUCAAGAUCUCGGUGAAGAUGUUUUGCCAGAAGAAAAGGCAUUGACCACAGAAGGAAAACAAGCGAAGGAAGAGUCUGACAAGGAAAACAUUGAUCCUCAAGAUGUCUUGGUUGAGCCCGAGAAGGCCAGGACUGAGGUCCCACGCGUCGCUCUCAAAGUGCCUGAAAGUGUGCAAGUUAGCAUUAGCAAAGGUGCAUUGAAGGAUUACGUCGGCCCUCCGGUCUUCACUUCCGAUCGGCUAUACGAUACAUUCCCUCCUGGUGUGACUAUGGGCCUGGCUUGGACGAGUAUGGGAGGAGCCGCUCUUUACGUCGAGUCCAUUCUUGAAAAUGCGCUUACUCAUGAUUCUCGCCCUGGCUUCGAGACUACCGGUAAUCUUAUGAAUGUGAUGAAAGAGUCAACCCAGAUUGCAUACUCAUUCUCCAAGUCUCUCAUGGCUCGAGAAUUCCCAAAGAACAGAUUUUUCGAAAAGGCUCGAGUACAUUUGCACUGUCCAGAAGGUGCCGUGCAAAAAGAUGGGCCUUCUGCCGGUAUUACAAUGGCAACUUCUCUUCUUUCUCUUGCCCUCAACCACUCACUUGACCCAACUAUUGCCAUGACCGGCGAGUUGACAGUCACUGGGAAAGUACUCCGUAUUGGAGGACUUCGUGAGAAGACUGUCGCUGCUCGACGCGCCGGAGCUAAAAAGAUAUUAUUCCCAGCGGACAACAUGUCUGACUGGCUGGAACUACCUGAGAAUAUCAAGGAAGGCAUUGAAGGUCACGCUGUUAACUGGUACUCGGAUGUCUUCAACAUCGUCUUUUCCGACGUGGACAAAGAAGCAGCGAACAACAUUUGGAAAGCACAACUUACCAAGCCAGCAGACGCCAAUCAGCGGGACAAGCACGAUGAAGACGACUAA